AUGAGUUUCCGACAGGAGAAGUUUGUGAGGUUUCAGGAUUGGAAGUCCGACAAGACUUCCGACAUGGAAUAUUCCGGGAGAAACGAGGCUCAAAACGGGAUAUUCCGGAGAACAAUAAGCUCAAUCUCCGACAAGUUUCACAGAAGCUUUGAAACAAGCUCCGCAAGGUUCAAAAUGUUCAGGGGAACUUACAAGUCAUACUCUUUCAGAGAAACCGUUUCGAAAGGAAUCGUCUCCACUCACAAAAUCCUUGACCCACAAGGACCUUUCCUUCAAAGAUGGAAUAAGAUCUUCGUUUUAGCUUGCAUCAUCGCUGUCUCGCUUGACCCUUUGUUCUUCUACGUGCCUGUGAUCAACGACGCCAAGAAAUGUCUCGGUCUUGACAAGAAAAUGGAGAUAACCGCUAGCGUUUUGCGCUCCUUCACCGAUAUCUUCUACGUUAUUCACAUCAUUUUCCAGUUCCGUACUGGCUUCAUAGCUCCUUCUUCUCGUGUUUUUGGGAGAGGUGUUCUUGUUGAGGACAAGCGAGAGAUCGCUAGACGUUACUUGUCCUCGCAUUUCAUCAUCGACAUUUUGGCUGUUCUUCCGCUUCCACAGGUGGUGAUUUUGAUUAUCAUUCCAAAUAUGAAAGGCUCAAGAUCUUUAAACACGAAGAACCUGUUGAAAUUCGUGGUUUUCUUCCAGUAUAUACCGAGGUUUAUAAGAAUCUAUCCUCUCUACAAAGAAGUGACAAGAACCUCAGGCAUACUUACUGAGACAGCUUGGGCUGGAGCUGCUUUUAAUCUCUUCCUCUACAUGCUUGCUAGUCAUGUGUUUGGUGCUUUCUGGUAUUUGUUCUCUAUCGAACGAGAAACAGUGUGUUGGAAACGAGCUUGCCAGAGAAGAAACUCAAUGCAAAACUCAAUCUGCAAUCUCAAGUCGUUGUAUUGUGACCAUAGCAAUGCAGGAGACAAUGCUUUCCUCAACGAGUCUUGUCCGUUUCAGACACCAAACGCAACGCUUUUUGACUUUGGGAUAUUCCUUAACGCACUUCAGUCCGGUGUAGUGGAAUCUCAAGAUUUCCCUCAGAAGUUCUUUUACUGUUUCUGGUGGGGUCUUCAAAACCUCAGUUCGCUUGGUCAAAACCUUCAAACAAGUACAUAUGUUUGGGAGAUUUGUUUCGCGGUCUUCAUUUCUAUAUCCGGACUGGUUUUGUUCUCGUUCUUGAUUGGGAACAUGCAGACAUACCUGCAAUCAACGACCACGAGGUUGGAGGAGAUGAGAGUGAAAAGAAGAGACGCAGAACAAUGGAUGGCUCACCGUUUGCUCCCUGAGAACUUGAGAAAAAGAAUCCGACGAUACGAGCAGUACAAAUGGCAAGAGACAAGAGGUGUUGACGAAGAGAAUCUUCUUAGUAAUCUUCCCAAAGAUCUUAGACGCGACAUCAAACGCCAUCUCUGUCUCGCUCUUCUCAUGAGGGUCCCCAUGUUUGAGAAAAUGGACGAACAGCUUCUUGAUGCUCUAUGUGACCGUUUGCAACCUGUGUUGUACACAGAGGAAAGCUACAUCGUAAGAGAAGGAGAUCCAGUAGAUGAAAUGCUCUUUAUAAUGCGUGGGAAGCUACUAACAAUGACAACAAACGGUGGAAGAACCGGUUUCUUCAACUCGGAGCAUCUUGGAGCUGGUGAUUUCUGCGGUGAGGAGCUUCUAACAUGGGCUUUAGACCCACACACAUCCUCAAACCUCCCAAUCUCAACAAGAACCGUUAGAGCUCUCGUGGAAGUCGAAGCUUUUGCACUUAAAGCUGAUGACCUCAAGUUCGUAGCGUCCCAAUUCAGACGUCUUCACAGCAAACAGCUGAGACAUACUUUCAGGUUCUACUCGCAGCAAUGGAGGACUUGGGCUGCUUGUUUCAUACAAGCAGCUUGGAGAAGAUAUGUGAAGAAGAAACUAGAAGAGUCUCUUAAAGAAGAAGAGAACCGGUUGCAGGAUGCUUUGGCUAAAGAAGCUUGUGGAAGCUCACCGAGCCUUGGAGCUACGAUGUACGCAUCACGGUUUGCUGCAAAUAUAUUACGGACUAUACGUAGGAGUGGGUCGGUUCGGAAACCGAGGAUGCCUGAACGAAUGCCUCCUAUGCUACUUCAGAAACCAACAGAACCAGAUUUCAAUAGUGAUGAUUAA